UGUUGUUCAACAAGGAAAUUGGUAGCCAAAAGUUAUACGAAGCUAACAAAGCUAACAAAACGAACUAAACUAAAGAAAUACGACGCUUCAAAUCCGAAUUACAAGUAAUCAAAAUAAUCAACAUAAAGCGCUGUAAAAAGUGGAAACAAUGAAUUUUUUCGUUAUUGGAUUCCUCAUCAUGCAGGCGGCAAGAUUGGCUUGCGGGACGUGCGUUUUUAUGUCCGAAUAUGGUUUCACACUCGAUUGUAACUUCAAAAAAUCUGGACUGUUUCGUGUACGAAAUUUGGGUGGCGUCAAGGCGCAUUUCGGUUUAGGUCUCAGUGUGGGCGAUGAACUCGGCUUCAAGGAGUCGUUGAGCAUUGUGGAGAGCGAUCGACGACGUGCAAUUAACUAUCGGAAUGGACCGCCAGAGCUGGUGGGCGUGUUGCCCUCCUCGCGACAGAAAGAAGCAACAGUGCAGCAUGCACUACCCGAGAAGCGCAUCACAUCCCGUUCCUCGGGACCCGGAUCCUACAAUCUGCAGCUGCUGCAGCAGGCGGCCAAGGUGGCGAAGAGUCAACCACAGCCACCACAGGGCCAACUAAUGACAGAGGCACGUCCGCUGCCGAUGGGCGUGCCCAUCUUCAAACCCAUACCACAAAAGGCCGGAGGCAACAACGAGCCACAGCCAACCCCAGUUGGGGCACAGCGUCGCAUAGCCGUGGAUACCACACAACCCAGAGUCAGUGUCAACAACAAACUGGUGGAUGGAAAUGUGAAACCGCACUCGAAUCGAACAUUCCAUGCCGACAAUCAGAUGGUGGCGCAACCCAAGCAAUCUCUGCCACAGGCUGUGCCCGUUUUCCAAGCGAUGCCCGACUCCAUUUCCCGGAUUGCCAAUGUAGGCAAGACGGAGUUGGUGUCGCCUCCGGCAGCGGAGCAGCGCACCCUGGGAAAACACCCAAAUUAUCUGCAGUUCGAGGAGCCCAAGUUUGAUCUGCGGGAUGUGACAGUUGAGGAGCUUGCGGCGGCAGCAAAUGUUACCGUAGACACCAUCAAGCAUGCCAUCUAUGUGCGCGAACAGCAACUGAAGGCCGAGCAUCGAGCCAUGCUUGCAUCUAAGCUGCGGGAGGAAUUCAUUCGGACAUCCACAGUGAAGACCACAACGACGACGACGACGACAACACCAAAGCCAAAUCAACUGGCUGAACACAAAGUGUCAAAGGUCAUGAACGCACCCAAGGAGUACUAUCCCGUGGGCUAUGACAAGAACUUCGAUGAUAACUUCAAGUCAAAGGUCGACUUGCCGCCAACGAGUUUCUCCUGCGCGAGGCAAAAGCAUUUUCCAGGUCUCUAUGCCGACACCGACCUGGGCUGCAUGGUAUUUCACGUGUGUGCUUUGACGGAUGAUGGAAUGGUGCGCAAGUCAUUCUUGUGUCCAGAGAACACGUUGUUCGAUCAGACCAUACUGAAGUGCAACUGGUGGUUCUAUGUGGAUUGCAGUGCCAGCAAGAGUGUCUACGAUUCGAAUAUACCCAUCUCGAAGAGCUAUCAGCUGAUGAAAUCGCUCACAUAUUUCUCCAAGUACAACAACCAGAAGAGCGAUCAGGAUGGCGAUAAGGAUGAGAAUGCCGUUGACAUUGAUUCGCUUAGGGAGUCCAUGGAGGGUGUCUCUCGCCGCCUAGAGCAGGCCAAGAAUGCCCAGGCCCAGCUCCAAGAGCUGAAGGCAGGGGAAGAGGGACAGCAGCAGCAGGUGUCCAACUAGUUUUAGUUAUAUAGUUGCUAUCUGAGAUCUAGUUUAAGUUAAGUUCAUGAUCGAGCGUCUCUGGUCGAUUUGCCGUACAUAGUCAAUGUCUUGCGAAAGCCAACAACAAACAAUUGUUGUCUCUGCUGCUGUUUGUCUGUUGUCUGUUGUCUCUGGCCAAUCAAUAUAUACAAAAAACACCCAUAAUUUCCUAUGGCAUUUCCUAGCUAUAGUUAAGUGGAUCAUCUCUAUAUAUAGUUAUAGCUAUAUAUCUAUAUAUAUAUAUACUUUGUAAUCUAGUGCAAUUGUAAGUGAAUGUUGCGGUUAAUAUUACAUAUUU